CCGAGAUAAUGGGUUUCCCACGAUCACUGCAAAAAGGCGGCGACUUUUCUUUGUUUCGAGAGUAAAUCUCAAAUCGGGUGCGCAUAUACAAAAUGAGUCUUGUCAACGCAAUACGCAUACCCUAUAAAUACGGCUCACAGUUUAUGAACAUGACCCCGCCUUGUCCCGGUGAAGCUCAGCGGUUGAGCUUUCAGCUUCUUCAUCCACUACCACCAUGGGUUUCUUUCGUUUCUUUGAUUUGUCCCAGCCUCAGCUCAACUCCGAAUUUGAUAUUUCCUUUGAUUUAACGAUUCCACAAACGCCACUAUCAAAACCUACUCUUUCUAUCACUGAACAAUGCAAGCCCUCACGAAUUCCUCUUGAACUCAUCAUGAUGAUCAUGGAGGCCGCGUACGACGAGGAAGACAUUGAAUCAAACAAAAGCUUGCUCAGGUCGCUGGCGCUUGUAUGCAGAGAUUGGUCAUUGUCUGCUCAAAUGCUACUCUUUCGUCACAUCUCUCUCGAUUCCGAAUCACACUAUCGCUCAUUCGCAUUCGCGACUGAUAGGUCCUCAGAGCGAGGUCGCGUACUUGGGAAUGCUGUUUACAGUAUGCGUGCAUCUUUGGAUCCUAAUCAACCUGGUCAUCUUUCCCAGCUAAACUUCGCCGAGGCCGUUACCCGCUGCCAAAAUCUGCACGAGUUGAGUAUCGGCUUGUACGGAUGUGUACCUCCUGGGGAUGACGUCGUAGGUUCCCCCGAUACCUUGCGUAUGCGGCGACCUGCACCUUCAUUUGACGAGGAUGCCAUCGCUCUUCUUAGAACCGGGCCAAGCAUUACCACCCUUCGUUUCAGCAAUUGGUCAGAGAACCGCCAGUCUAUUACGCAGUUGCUCAGUGUAUGGACCUCGUUGAAAUCUCUCGUUAUCAGUGGCACUCCGCCUGAGCUUCCUUCUCCAAUAUCUGCACCUUUUCCUUGUGCUCUUGGGAAACUCCGAAUGAACUUCCAAACUUCGCCAUCCGUCGAUUUCUUGCGUUGGCUUUUACACAAUUCCGGCGAUACCCUCCGUGCUCUCGAAUUCGAACGGGAACCUUCCACAGCCGUCCUUCACCAUCUCAUCCACUCACAUCAUCACACGCUUACCUCCCUUUCCCUGCCGUCCUGUUCUCGUGCCACAGCACGUGUAUUGGACAAGUGCACGAGCCUGCGCAAUAUUUUUGUGGAAGAUGCGAUUUCUUUUCCUGUGGCGUUGAAGAAACUUUCGCCUCGUGUUGAGCACAUAGGGUUUGGUUUGAACAAGGAGACCUCGAUGCAGACUGUCUUAGAGGCGGUGAAAACAAAUGAAUUCCUCCAGUUUGUGACUGUCAACCUCCGGAAUGGAGGUAAGGUUCAUCGACAGCUACCUUCUCUCAAGAUGACAUGCGCUCUUCGUGGAAUUCGUUUGAGAAUCACUGAUGACGUUCGAGUCUCCCGCGGCAUCGUUGUACGUUAAUUUCUAUCCCUCAUGGCCGUCCAAGCUUUGGCAUUGACAUCUGGACUUUUUCUCUCUAAUCAGCGAGGCGAAUACAUGCCGUAGAGGAUUGCACGAUUCUUGAACACGCUCUUUUCCUAUAACGAUUUAGUCAUGUCCGUCAUGCAUCCGCGACCUAGCCGCUAGAAAAUUUCUACUGUAUCAUAAUUCCCGCCACAACCAGUCAUCGCCCCGUCUUCCAGAGAGGCUGUCGUUGAUGACUUUUACAAUCAUGACAUCGACACGUUUCUCACUGUUGUAUCAUACACAUUGGACUUACCAUCACUGUUUUCGAACUUUUGCCCUUUCCAUCUCAUUUCAUAUAUCGAC